AUGCUGGUGGACCGCAGGGCAGGGGGUGUCCCAGGCAUGGGCAGCCGGGAAAGGGUGCAGGGGCCCCGGGAAGGGGAAGGCGGCCCGCAAAAGCGGACACUUCUGGCGGCGGCGUCAUCGCCCUCACUGCGCAGGCGCGGGCAAGCGCGCAGGCGCGCGGCGAGGGCGCGCUACCGGCGGGGUUGGCGCCUCGUUUUCAGGUUUAGCCACAAUAUGGCGACGCAUUUGAUAAGGACAGUGGUGGUUUCUGUCAUGCACCCUUUCCUCCAUCGGAGUGGCUGCACAGUGAAAUCCCGAGGACUGUCCACAUUCCUUCUAGGAUCCCUUUGCAGUGCGCUUCCAGUUGGCACGAGUCUCCUGAAGCCCAGCUUGGUCAUUGAGUCACUUCUUUCAAAUCAUCUCAUGCCACGUCUGCAGCCUGCUCUGGGGCUCAAAACGAAGGUCGCCAUCAGGAGGCGCUGCAAGGACUGUUACCAGGUGAAGAGGCGAGGCCGGUGGUUCAUCUAUUGUAAAACAAACCCAAAGCACAAGCAGAGACAGUCUUAGACCCUUCGGCUGUAAAAGGGUGUGCAAAAUUAUUUUUAUUUCCUUGGAAAAUUAAAAAUUACUUCCUUGGGAAAAUGGGUUUACCUUAUCAAAAGGAAAAUAAAAUCUAAAUGUUCUGUAGCCUAA